AUGUUAUCCGGUGAAAAUGGGAGAGGACUGAUUUUUGUGGCACCAGAGAAAGAAAUAGUGAAAGGACUAACAGAGCAUUUCCAAAUUAAUGUUUAUGCCAGCGAUUUGAUUCCAGUAAACAGACACGUUCCAGACUCAAGACUUCCAGGAUGUGCAGCAUUGAAAUAUGAAGAUGAAUUACCAACAGCCAGUGUGAUUAUUCCAUUCUUUAAUGAAUGGCCGUCUAUAUUAUUACGAACAAUAUACAGUGUUAUUAACAGAACACCAAGACAUCUUCUUCAAGAAAUAAUUCUAAUUGAUGAUGCCAGUACCAUGGAAAUCCUGAAAGAUCCAUUAGAUGAGUAUAUAGAUACAUAUUUCCCUCGUGGAUUAGUUCGUUUAACUCACUUACCAACACGAGUCGGAUUAACUAAAGCUAGAACAGUUGGUUGGAAGCAUGCUACUGGUGAUGUUAUUGUUAUAUUUGACAGUCAUAUGGAAGUGAAUAUUGACUGGAUCCAACCUUUAUUAACAGAAAUAAAAAAGAAUAGAAAAACUGUUGCAAUGGGUGUACUGGAUUAUGUAAACCGUGAAAAUUUUGAAUAUGCCUAUAAUAAUGGUUAUUUGACUAGAUAUGGAUUUGAUUGGAGGCUUGAGUUCUUUGAAACGUUUUUUCGGCCAGAUCAAAUAGGACCAGAGGAUUUCAGUCCCAGACCAGGAACUGUUAUGGUCGGAGCAGCAUUUGCAAUAGACAGAAAAUAUUUCAGUGAGAUUGGUGGUUAUGAUGAUGGAAUGAAAAUAUGGGGUGGUGAAAAUUUAGAGAUGACAUGGAGGGUAUGGUUAUGUGGCGGUAGAUUGGUUCAUUUGCCAUGUUCUCAUUUUGGUCAUAUUGCUCGAAGUCAGCCGUAUUCUUUUCCUGGUGGUCGAAAAGCAGUUACUAAUUAUAACUCUAAGCGAGCUGUUGAAGUGUGGAUGGGUCCAUUUAAAAGAUUUGUGUAUGAAUCUUCUCCAGAAAUGAAGGAUAUCGACGCAGGUGAUAUUAGUGAAAGAUUGGCUCUAAAGGAAAGGCUUCAGUGUAAAAAUAUGACAUGGUUUUUUCAUAAUAUUUGGCCAGAAUUAGCUAUUUAUGAUGAAAAUGCCAGCGCCUGGGGUUCCUCGAGGAAUAUUGGUACCAAUGUAUGUUUAGAUAAUAACGGUUAUUUAUUUCAAUCGGUAGCAAAACUUUAUUGUCAUCCAUGCGAUUUUAAACUUCAUGCUCAGGUAAAAACCUUACACAUAAUUAAAUAUAGGUUGUUGCUGCAAGCAACGCCCACUCUUCUCGGGGAACGUUACCCCACGUUUACGCCAUUGAAACACCGUUCAUAA